CGCAGUGCCGAACUUCCGUCCACCACCAACUCACGUUGCGACCACCCGGUCGCCACGAUGAUCUGGAUCGACUGACCUCGGGUGGGAUGUCUAGUGUUCGAGUAAGAUGUCUCUCGUCUCCUGCUCCUUUAUAGCUGCCGGCGGCGGCGUGGGCGACGCGUGCCUACCUCCGUUCCUCCCUUUGUUCUCCUCUGGCCAGCACUCUUGUCCUCCCCCUACCACAAGCCUCGCCGCCAACCUUACACUCCAGCGCAAUGAAUCACGUUCUCACCGUCAUAUAUGCUAUCCUGGAUGCGUUGACGAUGAGCAGCAUCAUGGCUCACGCAUCCCCUCUGGCAACAUUCGCGGCUUACGCACCUGAACCAGUACAGGUACCCGCUAUACCCGCCUGCGCCACCCGGUGCCUCCUCCCUGCCAUCAGCGACAGCGCCUGUGACCCCAGUGCCGUCUCGUGCUUCUGCAGCAGCGACGACAUACCCGCCAAGAUUGGGAACUGUAUACUGGACCGUUGCUCGGAUGCGAAAGAUAUAUCGAGCGCGUUGCUUUCUUUGCCUGAUUGCCGUACCGCCGACCUCCCUCAAAAACCUGCCGAGUCUUGGUUGAUUGCAGGGAUCUUGGACUUGGAGGAUAUGAGGGCACAUGAGGGGCAGAUGGUCAUGAGCGUGCCGCGUUUAUAGCGGAUGCACGCGCUUUCGGAACAUUGGACUCGUGAGUGAGAUGUGAUUUUAGUGUACACUAGGGCAAUGCAAGGGUCAUCAACACA